UUGAGCAAUAAAAUUUAGAUAAUAUUAUUUAUGAAGAUGAAGUGCAUAGCCGUGAUUGAAAUAAUGAAUUGAUUUGUUUGUUUGUGUGAAAGUGUACAUCAUGAAGAACCAUAUAAGCUUAAUUAACAAAAGUGUGUUGAAGUGUUGUUCAGUUGACACUAAGAAUGAUGUUAGGUCCAGUCCCAGCCCCAGGUGGUGAAUUGGUGCCACAUGCCUCUUCACCCACCGACUCUUCCAUUUCUUCCUCUGAUCUUGACACCGAGUCUACGGGAUCAUUCUUCCAUGAUACAAGCACCACGCUCGGUACUCUCAUGGGCCUCACCUUCUCACUCCCAUCUCAGAAUCGGAACACACGUUCCGCCACCGCCGGGACUGCCAACUCUAAGAGGAAUCUCAAUGCCAACGCCGAGGCCAUCGUGUUGGCCAAGCGCCGGAGGAGGUGGUGGCGCUUUUGCGGAGACGCCGAUGCGAGGUCCGCCUCGCUGGGUGAGUUCCUUGAGAUUGAACGCCGAUUCGGCGACGACGCUUUUUACGGUCCGGCUGCUGAGCUCGAAGGACUGGUGGUGGAUUCACAGCAGCAGAGAAAUAACGACAGAGCGUUGUUUGCCGAUGGGAGAGUUCUUCCACCGUCCGUCGUUGACGAAAGAGCAUCCACCGCGGGGACUCUUUGUAGUAGAUUUCCGGUUUCGCUCACCGGGAUCUGUAGCGGCGGUGCUGGAUGAGAUAAAGUUUGAUUUUUCGUAUUAUAUUUUUAUUAAGUUAUAGAAUGAGGAAAAAUGCCUAUUUUUUGUGAUUGAAAUUUGAUGGGCUGUUUGUUUAAUUAAUUUGUACAAGUACAUAUCAUUGCAAUUAGACUUAUGCAUGUAAAUUACAUAAACAAA